GGGGGGGGGGCGAUUUGAGAAGGAACCACGCGCGCUUUGCCCGGGGGAGGAGCGGAAGGGCCGCCGGGGGCGGAGGAGCGGCUUAGAACGCUGAGCUGGCCCGGUGGAACGUCGGGGCUUCUCUUUUGGAACGCUCGCACACACUUUGGAACGCUCGCGCUCUCCCGCGGCGCGGAGGCGAGGCCCGGCCGGGCUCUCCGAGGAGCAGCAGCUCCAGGGAAACGGGCGCUGUUGUUGUUUUGAGUCUCGCUGGCGGGGGCCUGCGGGGUUUCGGGGAGCGAAUCAGCUCGGUGCCCGCCGUUCGAUGGUUUGUCCCGACCGAGAUGAGCCGCCCGUCCUCCGCCGGACCCAGCGCUAGCAAACCCUGCGGCAAGCAGCAGCAGCACACCCCGUCGCCGGCUGCUGCCCCUGCCGCCGCCGCCGUCGCCACCAUCUCCGCCGCCGGGGCCGGUUCCUCCGCGGUCUCCGCCGCGGCCGCUGUGAUCUCCAGCCCUGGAGGAGGCGAAGGCAGCGGCGGGCCGGUCUCGCCUCAGCACCACGAGCUGACCUCGCUUUUCGAGUGCCCGGUUUGCUUCGACUAUGUGCUGCCCCCGAUCCUGCAGUGCCAGGCCGGGCACCUGGUGUGCAACCAAUGCCGGCAGAAGCUGAGCUGCUGCCCCACGUGCCGGGGAUCCUUGACCCCCAGCAUCAGGAACCUGGCCAUGGAAAAAGUGGCCUCGGCCGUCCUCUUCCCUUGCAAGGUAAGGAAGGGCAGGUUGCAGGCAGCAACCGGCACAGCCGCCGGAAAGGUGGGCGGGGAGAGGGGGCUGGGUCGAGGGAAGCAGCGGGGCUUGAGGUUGUGGUGAUCCAGGUGUUAUUUUAAAAGCUAGCUCUCUGAAAUUUUCCAUACCCUACUGGAAAGUAUUGGGGCGAACCCCAUGAGCACACCCCCGCUUCCCACUAACUCACUCCUCAUGAGAAACAAAUACGAAGUGCCAUUUUUUCUGUGGAGCUGAUUCUCAGAGACCGUUUUCAUUUUAAUGUAAGAUGCACCUGCGUCUGUAAUUCUGCCUCCGCCACCUUUAAGUCCAAACCACUAUUCCAAGCAGCCUUUAGACAUAACCCCAUUACUCUUCAAGCUACAGAAGAAGUGUGGGGUCUUGCGUGCAUCCACAACAGUAAACAGUGUCCAUGGUCCUGUCAAGAAUGCAGAUGCUCUGUUGUUAUCUGUUCUGGUGCGUUGUUGUCAAGAGACGGGGGCCAGAGAGCUCCUGGCUUUUACGCCUGACCUGUGCCAGGGCUGUACCCAAGCCAGUAUUUCUCAGUUUUGCUCCCUAAUAUCUUGCAAUAUGGAGUAUUAUCCUACUUUAGUUGUAAGGAUCCCUGGUAUAAAUGUAUGUGAAGAGCUUGGAGCACUUGAAAGAACACACAGAUUUUAAAAUCUCUCAUUAUUAUUAUUAUUAUUAGCUCAUGUCAUAGUUAUACCUCAUCCCUGCUUACACUUGAGAGCGUAUGCUAUGUUACACCAGAUGUAUAAUUCAAAAAUAGUGGCCACUGAGGAGCAUAGCUGUCAACUUUUCCCGUUUCAUGUGAGGAAUCCUAUUCGGAAUAAGGGAAUUUCCCUUUAAAAAAGGGAAAAGUUGACAGCUAUGCUGAGGAGUGGAGAUCUAAGGGAGCAUAAAAGUUUGGAAAUGAUUUGGAAACUCUUUAGCAGUACCUGGAUUAGUAAAACAGGAGGGGUUUUUUAACGGGGAGGCCAGAGAUGGAUAGCUCAGUCAGUCAAUAGAUUCUUGACUCCCAUGUAGGGAGCCUUGCCAAGUGUCUCGGUUAAUUGAAACACAUUGGUGCUAAUGCACUCCCUGUUAGUCUGCGCUGUGCGCUAGGGGAAUUGGGGCAUUGGUCUAAACAUGGCAGAGAUGUGUGCAAAGGCCCAUGAAAUGUGGUACCUUUCCCUCCUCCUCCUUUCACACUUCUGACUCAACCUGAAAGGCAGAACUUGACAGAGUGAGAGACAAGUUGGGUUCUGGUGUGUUAGUUGGCAGGGAUACGUGCAGGGGAGAAGGGGCAGACCAGGGGGAUGUGGGGAGGGGUGAUUCCCCCCAUCAACAAGUUUUUCCACCUUUUUUUUUAUCCUGCAUGAUUCGGUUGCAGGCAGCUGGGGAAUGGAAGUGUGUGCAAAGGAGAAUUGGUUGGGUGCAGAAAGGUGUACACAGCUGAUUCUCCUUUACAAUCCAACUUCACACGUUACAUCUGCAGAGACAUCCCCCCCCCCCCGAUAUACUUUUGCUGAUGAAACAUGUUUGCAUCCCCUAAAAUAUCCUCAGGAACUUCCCAUAUUGGUAUGUCCGAAGCCACAGAGCUCCUCUGCAUCCAGUCAGAGGCUUGGGGGUUCUGUUGAUGACGUCUUUUGCUGUUGUGGAAGGGGGCAGGACUGGAGCUUAAGGGCACCUGCAGCCUAUACUGGGACGGUGCUGAUCCUUGUGCUUUGUGAUUAUUAUUAGCAAAAAUGGUUGCAGCAUAUCCCUACCCUCCAAGAGGAAUGAUCCUGUUCAGGGCUUAUUAUGGGAUGACCCCGUUUCACUCCUAAGCCGUCGGCCCUUGACCACCCAAUUUCACAAAUGGAAUGAGUCUAGCUAAUCGCUAGUCCGUAUGGACUUAGAAAAAUGAGCGUGGGUUGCACAAAGAAGGAACAGCAUCGACAUCCCAUAUCUGGUGGUGGUACCAUUUACAGCCUUUUUCUUUUAAAUGUCCCCACCCCUUUUUCUCAAUCUGUGUGAGUUUUUAGGGGGGAGAGGCUGUUUGGAAGCACGCUAACAAAGAUAAACCCGAGGUGGCAGCUGGCAGAGAGAAGAGCUGUUUCCACCCAAGCUUUCUAUCAGCGCCAAUCUUUAGGCCCUUGUCUCCCUUAAACUAGAUAUACCGGUGUCGGUUUCGCUCCCAAGGCGCAGGUUUAGGCUGAUCAAUAUGCACUCUAAACCAUUCUAAAAUGACAUUGACACAGAUCUUAAGGUCGUGUUGAUGAAAAGCAAGGCUGGAAGCGACCAUGUCGCCCGCGUUAACAGUCUCCAUCGGAAGGGCUCCAGUUGCAAAAGCAAAAAUUAAACUUGCGGAAACAGAGAGUUGCUGCAUUGAACCACUGAUACUGUCAUAGAGAGUUGGAAGGGACCCCCAAGGGUCAUCCAGUCCAACCCCUUGCAAUGCAGAAAUCUGAACUAAGGCAUCCAUGACAGAUGGCCAGCCAACCGCUGCUUAAAAGCCUGCGAGGAACUAGAGUCCAGCACCUCCCGAGGGAGUCAGUUCCACUAUAUUUCAACCAGGGUUGUUUUUUUGAGAGGAAGGGGGCGUUUAGGGAAAACCGCUCCUUUCUUAUGCUGUUUUGGGAAUAGUACUGCAAAAGAGCACCUAGUUCUUAGAUUUAAGGGACACUGUCAUAGAGUGUGCUUACAGAAGGCACCAGGUCCAGUCCUGGGAUUUCAGGUAGCAGGGCCGGGAUAAAACCCACCCUGGAGACUUGCCGCCAGUCAAGAGGAGUCCGUCCUGGACAAAGAGGGGCCAAAUGGUCUGACGGAGUAGCUGGCAGCGUCUUCAUUCCAGGCCUGAACAUUGCAGGAUGCCAACUUGAUACCAAGUCAGACUGUUGGUUCAUUUAGUUCGAUGCACCGGCCUUCCUCAUCCUGGGGCGCUCCAGGUGUUGUACUACGACUUUCAUCAUCCCUGAAUGUUUGUCAUCCUGACUGGGGCUGAUGGGAGUUGUAAUCGGAUACAGCUUGUGGGAGGCUGGUGACAGUGUUGAGCUAGGUGUAACAAGGAUGGGAGAUGGCAUAAAGCAAUGAAGAGGUUGGUACAUAUAAAGUUGUGUCCUCUUGAAUUAGGCUGGCAUUCCAGUUUCCGGCAGGGGACUCCCACUCGCCCUAUCCAGAAAUGGCAGAUAUCGUGAACUUCAGAUUUUCCCCACAUUAAGCAUGUCCUCUGCCAAUGAAUUUGGGGGCUUCCUCAUUAGUGUGUGACCUACCAAGCCAAACGUAUCCCAUUGGGUAUCUGGUGUGAUCUGCCAAGUGUCCCAACAACUCUGCUGCUUUGCAGUAACAGGCCAGCGGCAAAAUCCGGAGGUUUAUUGUGUUCCUGUUGGACCACCGUACAUGUCUUGUAGGCUAUGUUUGGUUUAGCGGAUCACAAGUUGCUCAGAACAAGUGCUCACAGUUCAGAGUUUUGAAUUUAGAUUCUACACAGAGAAACAAAUGGUAAUCACGAAACUGUAGUUGAAGACCAGUAUUAGAUUAAAACAUGAUAUGCUUCCCUGUGGAAGUCACUAAAACCUGCAUGUUUGAAAUGUGCAUUUUUCAGAAUCAACAUAUUGCAUGGAGAAUCUCCACAUCUUCAUAAGCCACCUAUGCUAUGUGUCUGCAAUGAAGCCAUGCCAUAUACAUAAUGAUUCCCAAAUAUUACAUAGAUAGGAUGUAAAAUUCCCAGAAAGUUUGAAAGGGAAAAACUUCUUUUUCUGAGGGCAGGGGAAUGGAAAUGAAAACCUAUGCAGUACUUAUUUUCUUUUCUAACCCAAACCUUUUACAGCUUUGGCAGCAUUAAAUGCAUAGUUUAUAAUAUGGUUAGCAUGUAAAAUUGGUGUGUUCUUGGAAUUUGCAGAGCAAUCCUAUGUGUUUACAUGGAAGUGAGACCUGCUCUAUUUAGAGAAGUUUGCUGCCUGGUAAGCACACAUAUAAUUGCUGCCUCAAAACUAGAAUUGCCUUAGUUUGGGUAGGAGAGUGUGUAUGUUACAGUUGUUUCAAGGGGCAAGCGGAAAGGUUGGCCACAAAAGUGGGGUUAGCUCAUAAGGGCAGCAGGUGCAUGAAUCCUUUUUUUCAUUUUUCAUUUCCAAAACUUAGAUCAAAGGUCACCAGAAGAGGAUCCAUUGUAGCAUUAGAAAUGUAUGCAGUACAUAGUGGAACCUGGACAUCUGGGAGUUAGAGCCUGGAGCUAUAGUCCUAAGCCCACUUACCUAGGGGUAAGCCCCAGAGGACAAAACAGGACUUACUUCUGAGUCAAAAUGCAUAGGGCUGCGCUGAAAGUUAGGUAUCAUACAGAGUCGAUUGGCAUAACCUGGGGACACUUCAUACAUUGUGUAGUUGAUUUGCGCACCCUACAAAUGCAGCAUUGUGAGACAUCCUAGAGUACAUAUUUUGUUGAAGGGAGCAAUCCAAGCCCAUGGUCCACCAGGGAUGAGGAGAGUUGGGAAUAGCAGGUCUCAGGCUGAGCCUGGGUUCAGUAGGAACUGAGUCUCGCAUCCUGGCUAGGCUGAAGAUAUGCCAUCAAAAAGGGGGGGAAAUAGAAUAAAAAUCAAAGCACUACAUCCUACCUUAUCUUGGGGCUCAGUCAUAGCCGUCUGAGCUGAGGCUGGGUUAAGUCCUGAAAGGGGGCCAUUUUAGAGGUUUGGGGGGUAGUCAUGACGGGGCAGGGGAGACUUCUGUUCCAAACAUGACCUAGCAACCCAUCAGAAGUUAACACUGGCCAAAAGGGUGGCACAGGUCAAACUGUUUUAAAGGCUUGUUUUCCCUCUGCCAGGCUCUGGCCAGCUCACCUGGCAGCAGAGGCAGCUUUAGGGUAGCAUGACCGGUGCCACACUGCAGGAAGCACCACAACAAUUAUGCGGAACGGAGCGUGAGAGGCAGGCAGGGUGUUUGUGUCAGAUUUUAGCAUCGCACAGGGUGCUGCUGAAAUUUUGGAGCCCAAAGUCUGCUGCUGGUGGUGAUCAAAGAUUGGAAUAGGGCUUUGUUACACCAGCAUAGUUUACCCCAGCAUCCAUUAUUCUGGCUUCCUUUUGUUCGGAUCACUCUGCCUUUCCAUCAGUGGUUUCAGGAUGGUUUUUAAACGCUAAAUAAGUAAAACAAUGGCACAGGCAUACAAAGCAACCAGCGGACAAGAGCGUGCUUGAAGUCAAGAGAGUAAGACAAUAAAAAUGUUCUAAAAUGCCUGACUUAAUGAAGAAGUGUUUGUGUGAUGCCUUUAGCGACAGUGAAGUUGGCAAGGUAUUUCAUAGGUGCCAAAAAGGGUUUGUCCUUCGCUUCGCACCAGAACAGCCUUGGUUGCCCCGAGUGAUGACCUCUAUCCGGGAAGAGAUGAGAGAAAGUACAGCCUUGUUGGUUAUGCUUUCAUUGGCUUUUGAGAACGUUGACCGUGGAGUUCUUCUGCAGUGACCCAGGGAGGUGGUAGUUGAAGGUAUUAUGUUUCAGUGGUUGCACUGCUAUCGGCAAGGUUGCUUCCAGAAAGCAGGGCAAGGAGAUUGUUGCUCAGCAACGUGGCUGUGGGGUCCCAGAAAAGGUCUGUUCUGUCUCCUGUGCUGUUUGGCAUCUAUCUGAAAUUCAUGGGAUCUUGGGAUUUGGAGCAUGGUGCCAUCUGAGUCAGGAGAAACUCUGAAGGUGUUGGACUGGUGUCUGGAGGCAGUGAAGGGCUGGGUGGGAGCUAAUAAACUCAGGAUGAAUUCUGAUAAGAUGUAAGUACUGUGGGUGGGGGGGGGAAGGUGGUUCCCAUGUCUGGGAAUUAUGUGUAGAACCUGUUUUGGGAGGGGUUCCACUCCCUCUGAAGGAACAAGUUCAUAGUCUGGGCGUACUCCUGGAUUCCAGCUUCAAAUGGCUUCUGUGGCUGGAAGUGCUUAUGUCCAACUUCAGCGAAUUCACUAGCUAUGGCCAUUCCUAGAUUGGGAUAGCCUGGUCUCAGCUGUCCAUGCCCCCAUCACCUUCUGCCUCGAUUACUGUCAUGCGCUGUAUGUGGGGCUGUGUGGAAAUUGUCAGACUGUACAGCAGGUUAAAUGGAAGUGAUAAGAAAGAAAGAAAUAGAAUAAAAAUCAAGGCACUAAAGUCAUGUCAACAUCGUCUAGGUCUAGCAAGUCAACAACCUUCAAACAGAAAAAGAGUAUCUUAGCACAUGACUAGUCAGUGGCCUGACCUUUCUAGCCGGUUGCUGUUAAAGGUCAACAGAAGUACAUUUAAUGCAGGCUUUUCCUGUUCUAGGAGAAUUACCAUGGAAACGAUAGGUGACCGGGAAGUAUUGUAAUGUGGGUUGUCAUCUGAUGACGAAAUUGUGUUUAAUCAUCUAGUCUGGAGAUGGGCAGUUUCAGGACUUUGGGCCAAUGCGGCCCUCCAGGCUUUUAUGGGUUCUCUAUCUGGCCCUUGGGGCCCUUCACAGGCCACGCACACACCCCGAGCCGCACCAGCACUGCUCUGCGUCCUCCUUUGCCUGCCUGGAAUGUGCCCUUGAACUCUGAGAAUGCCUUUUGCCUGAAUGGAGGACUGUGAUAUUAGGUAUUCCUAUGAGGGCAAAGGCACAGCACUUUGCAAGAUCCAGUGGCCUGUGGGCCAGAUUGCCCAUGACUGGUCUGCACUGCAGGAUUUUAGACACAGAUAGACAGCACGGGUGGCACUGUGGGUUAAACCACAGAGCCUAGGGCUUGCCGAUUGGAAGGUUGGCGGUUCGAAUCCCCGCGAUGGAGUGAGCUCCCAUUGCUCGGCCCCUGCUCCUGCCAACUUAGCAGUUCGAAAGCACGUCAAAGUGCAAGUAGAUAAAUAGGUACCGCUCUGGCGGGAAGGUAAAAGGCGUUUCUGUGCGCUUCCCUGGUUCGCCAGAAGCGGCUUAGUCAUGCUGGCCACAUGACCCGGAAGCUGUACGCCGUCACCCUCGGCCAAUAAAGCGAGAUGAGUGCCGCAACCCCAGAGUCAGUCACAAUUGGACCUAGUGGUCAGGGGUCCCUUUACCUUUACCUAGACAAUGCUACAUAGAGAUGCUGUCUGGAAAGGACACGUUCUCUCACUGAGCUGUGCUCCAUAUGCACCAGAAACAUUAGGAAAUGGAGCAACUAGCGAUACGGUUUCAGAUCCAUAGGAAGCUGCUUAUACCAGGUCUGGCUGCUUAUCCUUGUGGGCUGGCUGGCAUUGUCUACUCAUGACUGGCAGUAGCUGUCCAAGGUAGCAGUUGGGGAUCGUUCCUGAUCCUUUUAACAGACAGUGAUAGGUACCGAACCUGGGACAGUUAUCAUGUAGAUCAUGUGCAAUGUCACUCAGCUGUGGUUCCUCCCCACUUUUUCAGCACGACAGUGGCUUUUUGAGAGAGUCGAACCUGGCAUGGGAUAGAAGCAUCCUUCCUUGCAUCUUCCACUCUUACCGAGAUCACUGCCAUCUGCUGGAAGGUUUGCAAAGAAUAAUAAUAAACAAAUGCUUUGGUUUUUUGCAUCUUUCGCAAAACCUGUUUGGCCAGAGAUGGCAGUGGGAGGAAAUAAACAAGAACAUUCAUAGUGGUGUCUUCAUUGUUGCCACCUUCAGCUGUCUGAGUGUAUUGUCUGCCUUCAGCCUACCUGAGCACAAGGACAGGGUAUGGGCCCAUCUCUGUUUAGCAUAGUAAUUAGGAUUUAGCAUGUUCAAGAUAAGCAUCCUCUCUUACCCCAUCUCCUGCCUGGACCAGCUCUAUAGAAGUGCUGUCCCAGGAAUCAACACCACCACAAAGGGUGCGGGAAGAAACUUUAAAACAAUUAAAGAUACCAAUCAAUUGAUUUUCAGGCUGCUACCUUAAUUGUGUUUGAACUCUACUGUAAGGGUUGCCUUUGCAAUUUAAUUGUCAUUGCUCAUAUGAUAGGGGAAUAUUAUCAUCUGCAAUUAUGGGGAGGCUUUGCUAAUCCAAAACAAGCAACUGCAGGUUUGUUUGGCAGCUGGAAGGGGAAAUUGCUUAAUGGAUUUCUCUUUCCCCCACCCCUCCAACAUGUAAACAAAUGGGCACAGUCCAUUUCCCACUGAAAUCGAUGGCAAAGCUGCUAUUGAUUUUAAUGGGCUGUACAGUAGUGUCUUGGUUUUGUUUCAAGAAUGGGUGGCAUGAGUGAUAGCUAGGGUGAGAGGGAGGAAUAGAGGGCAUGAAAAAGAAAAGUUUUCCAAUAACAGUUCAAGUGUUACUCAGAAGUAAGCCCUGGUGACUUCAGUGGGGCUUACUCCCAGGUAGAGUGGGUUAGGGUGGCAGCCUAAGUAACUUUGUAGAAGUGUAAAACUAACCUGCUUGACCAGGGGUAGGCAACCUAAGGCCCGGGGGCCGGAUCCGGCCGAAUCGCCUUCUCAGUCAGCAUGUUUUUACAUGAGUAGAAUAAGUCCUUUUAUUUAAAGUGCAUCUCUGGGUUAUUUGUGGGACCUGCCUAGUGUUUUUACAUGAGUAGAAUAUGUGCUUUUAUUUAAAAUGCAUCUCUGGGUUAUUUGUGGGGCAUAGGAAUUCGUUCUUUUUUCUUUCUUUUUUUCUUCAAAAUAUAGUCCGGUCCCUCACAUGGUCUGAGGGACGGUGGACCGGCCCACGCCUGAAAAAGGUUGCUGACCCCUGUGGUUGACUAAUCCUCUUUUCACACAAACAGUGCAUUUGCUGGAUUAUUUUUUUUCCCCAGUGUCUAAGGGUUUCUGCAGAGUUGCUUGCACAGUGCUGAGAAGAGGGCAGUUAUAAGAUUAUUCAUUCAUCGAAUAUCUGAGUUAGCGACUGGAUUGGCCAGAAGUGUUACCCGCCCUGUUCCUCUGACCCAGAGGAAUGUGCAGAAUUGGUAUAGCCAGUGUUAUUUGACUUCUGGCUAAGUUAGGGAUGGAAUUGGCCACUUUGCUUUCUCUCCCAUGCUUUUCAAUUUGUCCCACUCCGCACCUUUUCCGCUCCUGCUACAGUGGUACCUCUAAUUACGGACGCGUUCUGUUCUGGGGUGCCGUUCGCACCACGAAAAGUCCAUAAGUAGUGUGCCGCUACUGCGCAUGUGCGUGACGCAAUAGAGCACUCCUGCGCAAAACUCAGAAGUAUACACUUCCGGGUUUGCCGCAUUUGCAACCCGAAAAUCUGCAACAUGAACCUAACGCAACUAGAGGUAUGACUGUACUUGGGCAAUAGUGGGCUCCUUUCUCCCUUCCUAGAGUGACAGCUUUCAUGUUGCCAGAGAGUAUGGAACAGAAGGCUUUGAUUAUCCUCUCUGCAAUGCCUUCAUAUUGUGGCAAACCACUGAAGUCUGAUACUUAGUGGUAUUGCCUGUAAAAUGGGUAUAUUAUUGCUCUUCACGAGCUUGAUGGUGUCUCGUGCUAAGCUUCCUGACAGUUAGUUGGUCAUUCUUAACAUUGCUGUGUAAUCUCCAAAUUCUGCUUUUGGAGAAUAGGAAGGGAAGGGGAGAGAUGUCAACUUCUCCUAAGAACUGGUUCAAAGGUGACUGGCCUGGGGACAACUACUCAAUGUAUUAGGCAGCUUUAGAUAUUUAGAGAAGACAUUUGCAUGGUUUAUGGCAAGUAGACAUUUACUAGCGUGCGGCUGUUGUCUUGUUAGGAGUUGAGGUCAUGAGAGACCUGAUGGUGGCCAAUUCUUUAAAUAGCAGAAAUGUACAUGCUGUGUGUGCUUUUAAUCCCAAUCACUAGUAGGCUCGCUUCAUUAAUUUUUUCCCUUUCUCCGAGCAUACUAUUUUACUUUGUUGGUCUCAGUGAUGCAAAGCUAGUUCACCUUUCGUUCUUCUCAAAAUAAUAUCAAAAUGAAUCAAUAGCUUGCUGCUUCCCUGCCUCUGACUAGCCAUUGUCUGACUGCAUUAAUAAAUGCUUGCGCCUGUUUUAUAAUGAUCAAAUAAGACUUAAAAGGUAUGAUAAGAGGCAGGAUCAAGGUUUGUUUUCUAGAAUCGCUGAUGACAAAUAUGAUGGGGAGGGACGGGAACCAGUUCUAUUUUUAGUUCUUUGAUUGAUUUUAAUGAAUGAGUUGGGAACAAGCCUGGGGCUGUUAAUUACAAGGCUGGGGUUUGGGUUCUUUAGAAUGGAGUUUGCUAGGUAGGAUUUGGAGCGAGACCCCGGAUUGCAGCAGACCAUGUUGGUAAGGAAUUGCACUGCUUUUGCAUGAAUCAGGUGGUGUUGCUUAAGAGCAGCAGAGAAUACAAAUGAAAUAGUAGUCUGCACUGAUUGUCCCAGCUAGAGCUGGGCGAUAUCAGCUUUUCAACAUUGCGGUGUGUUGCCAGCCAAACAUCACAGUUUGGUGAUGUACCAUGAUGUUGAAAAAGCAAGCUGCAUUGGCCUCUGCCCGCGAGGCACCUGGUGAAACUUCCCCAGCUCUCAUCUCAGGAACUGGCGCCAUUUCACCCAGGCGCACGCAGGCUGGGACAACGCAGCUUGUUUGGCUCCCCCUCCCUAGCUGAGACAGCCCCAGCACUCCCCCUGCUCACAGGCAAGCAGGCAGAGCAUCGCUGCUGGCUGUGGGAGCGCUACCCACGCUCCCCUCAGCUGAGCAGUUUCACGGAGCCCCCAGCCCACUGCUGGCUUGCAGAAGCCAGUGCCGGACUGGGGGCUCCUUUAACUGCUCAACUGAGGUAAGGGCAGCUGCAUACAGUGGUACCUUGGGUUACAUAUGCUUUAGGUUACAGACUCCACUAACCCAGAAAUAGUACCUUGGGUUAAGAACUUUGCUUCAGGAUGAGAACAGAAAUCGCGCGGCGGCCGCGUGGCAGCAGUUGUUGGCCCCAUAAGCUAAAGUGGUACCUCAAGUUAAGAACGGACCUCCAGAACGAAUUAAGUACAUAAUCAGAGGUACCACUGUACUCAGUCGAGCAGUUUAAAGAUGCAGAAGGAGGAACAAGCUGUACAGUGGUACCUCGGGUUACAGACGCUUCAGGUUACAGACGCUUCAGGUUACAGACUCCGCUAACCCAGAAAUAGUACCUCGGGUUAAGAACUUUGCUUCAGGAUGAGAACAGAAAUCGUGCAGCGGCAGCAGGAGGCCCCAUUAGCUAAAGUGGUACCUCAGGUUAAGAACAAUCUCAGGUUAAGAACGGACCUCCAGAACGAAUUAAGUUCUUAACCUGAGGUACCACUGUAUUGGCGCCCCGGUUGUUCUCCCUCUGCAUCAAUGAGGGCAGAGUGUGAUGGUGGUUUCACUCAGGGAUAUGUCGCUGGUGAGACUGCCACCGCUCCCGAGCCCCUCUGCUAACAGCGCCACUGGAGGAAGGAACUCUAGCGGAUGCUGCUAGCAGAGGGACCCGGGAGCAGUGGCGGGUUCACCAGCGAUAUACCGCUGAGUGAAGCUGACACUAUGAUCUGCUCCUCAUACUGGUGAUGGGUGAUACAGUGGUGCCCCGCAAGACGAAUGCCUCGCAAGACGAAAAACUCGCUAGACAAAAGAGUUUUCCGUUUUUUGAGUCAUUCCACAAGAUGAAUUUCCCUAUGGGCUUGCUUCGCAAGACGAAACGUCUUGCGAGUUUGUUUCCUUUUUCUUAAAGCCGCUAAGCCGUUAAUAGCCGCUAAGCCGCUAAUAGCCGUGCUUCGCAAGACAAAAAAACCGCAAGACGAAGAGACUCGCGGAACGGAUUAAUUUCGUCUUGCGAGGCACCACUGUACAUUGAUAUAACCCCCAGGCCUAGUCCCAGCAUGUGCUGACUGCAGCGGCUCCUGGAAAGCCAAAAUGACUCAUUCUUCAUCUUCAUCUGGGGUUGGGGGGCUUUGUUGUUAGUCCUUUUGUGUACUUGGAGGGGGGAUGCCGCCACCUUGCAGCGUCUGGUGUCAGGCUAGGACUGAGGAGACCUUUACGCUAGCAAAAAACACCUCGGAGGAAAGAUGGGAUUGCAAUCACACCAACUUUUUUCUUUUUUUCCACAAUCCAAAUAAAUUAUAUUUGCCUAUAUAUCUAGACUUCUGCUUUAGUUCAGAUUUGCUUUCCUGAUCUUGGGUGAUGAUCUUCAUAGUUCAGUGGACAGAGUCUUUAUAAAGCUACAGUUGUUGUUGUUGUUAAAAUUUGCAUACCAUCCUAUACCCAUAGAUCUCAGGGCGGUUCACUACAUAAAAUCACAGUAUAAAAAACAGAACAUACAUAAUAAAAACAACCCAAUAAUCCCCUUUCACAACACAUUUUUAAAGGGCAUUGAUGUCAGUUAGCCAAAGAGGUAUUUAUUAUUUACAGUUCUACACUAAUAAAUAUUAUUUAUUAGUAUUUACAGCUGUGUCCCUGCACAACUCUGAAGCCACUGGCUCUUUUAUCCUAAUCUGCCACACAAUGUGGGUGCCUCUUAGGAACAAGACUGGAAUACAGUAUAGCAGAUCAUAGUGGAAAUACCUGAAUUUCCACUGUUCAAGCAAAUGCAGCUGUCAUUUAUCUACACCUGGCCUUCAUGCGAGAGAAUUGCAUGGAGCACCCAUGUCAUAGAUGACGUUAUCAGCAAGGUGGAGGGAGGAGCAGAGAGUGCUCUGCAAAACCCAAGACUCUUGUUGAUGGUAAAUGAGUGUUCAGAUUAGACUACAGACACUCCCAUUGUCCAGGUGCAACCUGAAUACUUACUCCCCUUAUACAUAUGGAAGCUGCAGUUAGGUAUGGAGGCAUCAGCUCAUGUCAUCUUUACGUGUUCGUUUCGUUUCCAUAUUAAUGGGCAUAUUUCUUUUUUAAAAAUUGGAAAAAAGUACUUGGGCGGUGGUUUGGGGGCUGCCUAUUAAUAUAUACUGUAUUUUUUCGUGUAUAAGACUAGGGGGGUUUUUACCAAAAAAUUAGGUUUACAAUUGGGGCUCAUCUUAUACACAGUUAGUGCUGAGGGAUGUUUUCUUAAUUUGGAGUCUCCCAAAAUAGGGGGCGUCUUAUACAUGGGGGGGGGGGGGCAGCUUAUAGAUGGUAAAAUACGGUAUUUUUAUAUUGUUUUACAGGUAAUAACUACUCCGAACAGCUGGAAACUUUGCUGCUGGCGUUCAAAAUGUGGCUGGAUAAGCCUGAGAGUGUUGGGAUGGGAUGAAACAACAUUCCUCCUAGGAAUAUUGUAUAUAGGAAAACAAGAUUGCUGACCCCCCCCCCCAAUAGCAUCCUCACAGAGAUAUUGUGAAGGAUGUGUUGCAACCACCUUUUUCUGUAUAGUCUUCAUGGCGCAUUUCUGGCCCUGUUUUGAAUGCGCAUAGCACCCACUGCAGCCGCCACCAGGCUUUUUAGCUGCUUGGAAAAGAUACAGUGGUCAUAGCCUUCCUGUGCCUAUGCUAUUCCAUUUCGGCAUUGGCUGCAAUUGAUUUUGGUCUUCCUUUUUAUUGUUGGCCACUGCUUAUUCCUGAUGCUGCCUUUGAUCUGACAUUUGCCCAUCUACAUCUUAUCACUUCCUCUGCGGCUGGAGUUUACCAUGUGGCUUGAAUACUGUAUCUUAGGUUAGGCAGUUUAGUGCUCUCCCAUAAUUCUGGCCAUUGGCCAAGCUGGGUAAGGCUGAUGGGAGUUGGGAGUCCAAGAAUAUAUGGAGGGUACCCAUUGCACUUGCGGCCCCAGUCUAUGACUCCUCCAUUGGAUCUUUGCUUAGAUUGUUGAUGGCUGUGCAGGACCUUCUCCUUUGUUCUGAUUCUGAACUUGCCACUGACUCUUGAGUCCUGAUACUCUUCCCCCUCCUCUUCGAUCUUUUCUGUUCUUCAUCCACUCAGUCUCUGAGCAGCGGCUUGGGCUUGCCCAGAUCUGCUGAUUAUCGGUAUUGUUCGCCAGGUGCAGAUUGUUCCAAUCUAUUGUUAGCUUUAACUGAAAAUUCUCUUCAGUGAGAGGGGGAACUAACUAGAAGAUUAUGAAUGGCUGGGACUUGUUUCUUUGGUGUGUGUGUUUUUUUCCUCCUUUCCUUUUUUUAAAUAACUUACUUUUAAACUGCAAUUCAAAACCACAGUAUUGUAACACGGUGUAAGGUGGCAAAAGCAGAAACUUAGAAAAGCCUAGCAGCGUUCAUGCUUAAUUUCCCACCAACCAAAAUGAAGCAUCUUAAAAAUUAAAAUCAGAUUGCAUUGCUCAGAGAAACCCUUUUAAUAAUUUAAAUCUAAACAUUUAUGUGAUGUUAGUUGUAUCUGCUCCGAAAAUAGUGUUUAUUUUUUCUUUUUAAGGAAAUGGUGCCUUUGCUUGAUUGCAAAUUCCAAUGCUACAAGCACAAUUUGGAGGAUCGGGCAUAUACUGGGGGCUUACGCACGUCCCCAUUAUUUCUCACAAAUGCAGAUUCCCUCAUCCAUUUCCAGACGUGUUCUCAAUCAGCUUUCCUGAACCUGGUUCCUUCCAGAUGUUUUGAACUCCAGCUCCUUUCAGCCCCACCAAAGACAGCUCUGUGAAGGGCACCAGGUUGGGGGAGGCUGUUCUAAACAUACCUUGCCUUCAGUUCCAAAUUCAUGCAAACUUUGGUUAGUGCUGACCAGGAGUUAACUACAAACUAUAGUUUGCAGUCCUUCUUCAAAGCAGCUCCCUGUUAACCUUACUAGGUAAAGGUAAAGGACCCCUGACAGUUAAGUCCAGUCACGAACGACUCUGGGGUUGCGGCGCUCAUCUUGCUUUACUGGCUGAGGGAGCCGGCGUUUGUCCACAGACAGUUUUUCUGGGUCAUGUGGACAGCAUGCCUAAGCCGCUUCUGGCGAAACCAGAGCAGCGCAUGGAAACUCCGUUGGCAGGACAUGGGACCGAGCAACGGGAGCUCACCCUGUUGUGGGGAUUCAAACCGCCGACCUUCCGAUCAGCAAGCCCUAGGCUCAGUGGUUUAGACCACAGCGCCACCCACGUCCCUUAACCUUACUAGACUUGUUCAAAAAGCGUAUAUACAUGUGCUCACUUUGCACAGUUCUGCUUCCAGCAAUUCAGUUUUCCUCUGGCUUCCGAUAUUUCACCAGCCAUUUUUGCUGACACUUAGUAAGCGUCUGUCCCUUUGUAGCUGUGAUGAGAACCUAGAAAUUCUCUUUUGUCGAAAUGCUCACGGUAACUGGAUUCUGCAAAUGGAAAAUCUUUGCUUGCAGGGUGCAGUCCUGCCGUGUGCUCAGACCUAAGUGAGUUAACUGCCGAAGACAACUUCUGCAUUUUAGAACCGAUAGCAAAACCGUAGUGUAAGGGAACAGUAUUUCACAAAUGCAAAACUAAUAAUAUAAGCAAGCAAUUAGCUAUGUGCCCAGCUCAGCAAGUGCUGACCUAUACAGCUGCUGAGACUGCAGUUAACGGUGAUUGCCGGGGGUGGCGCAGUGGUGGCUUACAAUGCAUCUCGGAGGGAAACUUGGAAUAAUUGAAAAGUUUGUGAAAUAGAUCAUAGAUGUUAACAGGAUCUAAAGCUUUCCACCUUCAGCUUUGUGGGGCUUCGGAGCUAGUUUCGGUAACAAGGUUUUUGUAUCUAGCGGCCAGCAGGCCAGGGAUUCAUGUGAGAUGCAAGGUCCUGUCUUGUACUUAUUAUCCCCCCCUUGGCAGUUUCCAGUGAGAUCUGGGCUAGGUCAAGCCAUUUGCCCACCUCCAAACGAUUUUGCCUUGCAAUCCGAGAGCUGCACCCCAGAAUAGUUAGCAGUAUUGGGGGUGGGGGGUGUCUAUGCCCCAGUGUCCUCAGUGACACUGACGGUGAUUAAGGGGCCUCAUUGAUGCCCCUAAAACACUGUACAGUGGUACCUCAGGUUAAGUACUUAAUUCGUUUCGGAGGUCCGUACUUAACCUGAAACUGUUCUUAACCUGAAGCACCACUUUAGCUAAUGGGGCCUCCCACUGCUGCCGCUCCGCCGGAGCCCAAUUUCUGUUUUCAUCCUGAAGCAAAGUUCUUAACCUGAAGCACUAUUUCUGGGUUAGCGGAGUCUGUAACCUGAAGCAUAUGUAACCCGAGGUACCACUGUAUCUCUAAAUGUGGGCUCCUGCGUUGCUUGUGCAAAUAGGUCAGUUGUGGGUGAUACACUCUCUUCUCUUCCCCACCCAGAAAAAAACACUGGUAAUGUUUACAGGUUAUGUUAUAAGGUAGCGCAAAGUAAAGUUUCCAGUGCAAGCUUUUUAGAGAUGUGUUGUAGACAUACGCAAAAGAAAUGAGAGACUUCCGCAAUAAAACAUUGGCUGUUAUGCAUAUUUUAGAGGCGGUCAGGCAUAAAUGGGGCAAGAAUGAACAUGUCCCUGAGUACCGUAGAACUAAUGUGCUUGGUUCUUGGUUUCUGCUGCUCAAGUGAUUCCCACCUCUGUGUAAGAGGCUUGGCACCAUUUCAAAUGCUGCUUGCUUUGCUGUCUGGCUGUGGCAGAUGCAAGAAUGCGCAGAAAUUUUGUCCGCUCCCAGAAAUGUAAAUGUGCCCUCAGAGGCAAGUCUUGUCCGUGUCCCAAGCACAUGGACCUGUUUAUUUCUGCUUCAUAUUUUCCCCGCCCUCCUCCCCCAAGUUAUAUGGAGACGCUGCGAUUCUCUCAUCACCCGGACGCCAGUGUCUCCCAAGGAAACCACAGCCCACAAACUCUUAAUGGGCCCCUUGGUUUGUUUGGUCUCUAACCUAAAAGGUCUUUUCUCCUGGGCUGAGCUGUCUAGACAUCUUUAUCUAGAUCAAGCCUUCCAUGCUGAUGAGUCACGUCACAAUCACUGCCACAAUUACCCGCUGCAAUAAUGAAUUGAUAAAGGGUGUGACAUCAAAGCAGGUCGUUUCAGUUGUGUAUUAUUAGCAAUAGCACAUUGCUGCAAUACAGAAGGUUCCUGUCUGUGAUACCAUCUGGCGGGCCAGGCAGGCUGCUGCAGUUUGCUGUGCUUUCAUUUUUGCACAUAUAUCGUAUGUGAUACCCACAGGUUCUCUGCUGCAGCAUGUGCCUCCCUCUCUCUGCAGGGGGACUUUACAGUUUGUGCUUCUAAAGCUCACUGACCAGGCUGUAAAAGAAUCUCUUAAAACUGUUGAUAAAUGGGGUAGGAUAAGAUUUGUAAUCUAGGCUGUGUGUGUGUGUGUCUUGGGCCAAAAGAACUGUAUUCCACAGAAAUUGAAACGUUAUGCCCACAAUACAUUAUUCACAAGUGGAUAUUCUUAAAACAGUUAAUUUGCAUCGUUUGGAUUUCCCCCUGUCGCUUUACCAUUUAGAAAUAAUGAAACGAGGGCGGAGGGGAAAUCUAUAAAAGAGCUGGGUGAGAGAGAGAAUGGGUUGAAAGUGUCUGGAGGUGGGAAAGCCUGUUUCUCAUCUGUCAUCUAAAUGCUAAAUAAUUUUUUCCAUUGCAACCACGUGGUCUAGAAACUUGAAAAGUUGUCUGUCUUGGCAAUGAUAAUUUGGCCCCAUAGGAGUUCCCCCGAAAGAAUUCCCCAAGUCUCAUGGUUCACACAAGUCUUCUGUUUCCGUGCUUUUAACCUUUUGUACCUUGUGUAAUGGGACGCGGGUGGCGCUGUGGGUUAAACCACAGAGCCUAGGACUUGCCGAUCAGAAGGUCGGCGGUUCGAAUCCCCACAACGGGGUGAGCUCCCGUUGCUCGGUCCCUGCUCCUGCCAACCUAACAGUUCAAAAGCACAUCAAAGUGCAAGUAGAUAAAUAGGUACCACUCUGGCGGGAAGGUAAACGGUGUUUCCGUGCACUGCUCUGGUUCGCCAGAAGCGGCUUAGUCAUGCUGGCCACAUGACCCGGAAGCUGUACGCCGGCUCCCUUGGCCAAUAAAGCGAGAUGAGCGCCACAACCCCAGAGUCAGCCAUGACUGGACCUAAUGGUCAGGGGUCCCUUUACCGUUUACCUUGUGUAAUAUUUUUAUACAUUAGCAAGCUCGCCACAACUUCUUAUGGGUCUGUGUGUGCCUUUGAAGCUGUUGGGUUUGGGGGAUUUUCUGUGCAGCAAGCAAACACUACACAAGAGCUGAGUGACAUGUUCUCACCUACUGGCCGGUCCUUUCCGUGCUUUGCCAUGGAGUUUGCAGGAUCAAGAAAUCCCAUCUGCUCACCUUGUUCCAAACUGAGAUGUAGCAUGUUGUACACACAGGAGUGGACAUCUCAGGAAAUUGUCAAGAAGCAAAUUAAUAAUAAUGCCUCUCACCUUUUUGUUAACAUAGGUUAGUGUUGAGCUUUGUAAUAUUAUCCUUAGCAGCAUCAGCAAAGCUAAUGUGAUUUUCAUAUAUGGCACAAUUACUAAUGCUGUUUAGCUGACAAAGCUCAGUGGGAAAUGCUGGGGUGCAGUUAUGGUGCCUCUGAAUGUGGGAUGGAAUGAGAACUACUAGGUUAGAAAGAACUGGACAUAAUAUAACAUGGUACAGGAAUGAUAACAACAACAAUAAUUAGUUUAUCUCAGGUGCUCAAACCACUGCACACAAACACACACAGAGUCAUCUUUACAACAACCCUGUAAGAUAGGUCAGCAUUAUUAUCCCCAUAUUGCAGGUGGAUGCCUAGGUAAGAAAACUGACUUCCUUCAAAUUCAGAAUUAAAAACAGUUAACACAGAUUACAGUCACAAGAAUAGGCUGGGCCCUGAAAACACACAUCUCAAGUGUCAGAGACCAGAGUAUAGAAGUGCAUCUUCAGCGCUUACCAAAAGCCAGGCUUACAUCUGAGGAGAGGGAAUUUGGGGGCUACCACAAAGAAUGCCCUCUUCUGGGCCACCCCCAACACACUGAACUUCUGAGGAAAGUGGAACUACCCAGAGAGCCACCCUCAGAGGGCGAACACUCAGGAUGAUCUGCCGGGAAGGAUGCAAUCUUCCACAUAUUUGGGGCCUAAGUUGUUUAGGGUUUUAAAUGGUAACAUGAGCAUCAAAAUGUUGGUGUUGACCUUUAAAGCCGUAAACAGCCUCAGCCCAGUAUACCUGAAGGAGCAUCUCCACCUCCAUCAUUCUGCCCGGACACUGAGGUCCAGUGCCAAGGGCCUUCUGGCAGUUCCCUCACUGCGAGAAGCAAAGCUACAGGGAACCAGGCAGAGGGCCUUCUCGGUAGUGGCCCCCCAUCAGAUGUCAAAGAGAUAAACAACUACAUAACAUUUAGAAGAUAUCUGAAGGCAGCCCUGUUCAGGGAAGUUUUUAAUGUGUGACAUUUUAAUGUAUUUUUAAUCUUUGUUGGAAGCCGCCCAGAGUGGCUGGGGUACAAAUAAUAAAUUGUUGUUGUUGUUGUUGUCUUAAAUUGGGCCUGAAAGUGGGUUGGUGACCAAUCCUGGGAACUGUAGUUUGUUAAGGGUGCAGAGAGUUAUUAGGAGGCCUCUAACCCCCUCGCAGGAGCUACAAUUCCCAGAGUUUUAUGGGAAGAGGGAUUGAUGGUUAAACCACUCUGGGCAUUAUAGCUCUAGGAGGGAAAUGGGGGUCUCCUAACAACUCGGACCAACAAGUUCAGUAAUAGACACCAUCACUGACCUUUCCUUAAUAUAUCUAUAUCUGAGAGUGAUUUAUGUAUUAUGCCAUUCAGCAAGUGAGGCUUUUAAAUCUGAAUUUAGGCCAAAUGUGGUUUUUAUUUUUGAAAAGUUGACUAUUGGGUGCUGUGCGCUGGACCUUGUGAAACAUUUCAGAGUAGUUGUUAAAAAUUAAUUGCGCUCUGCGGUGCUUGUGUGAAGUUGAUGGCUGCGACGGGAGUCGCCGGAGGAGCUAAAUUUUUGGCAGUUGCUUUCGCCUGAGAAAUCGGUCGAGUCUGUUGCUCUGUUAAACGUUUGCCAUAAAAACAAAUGGAGUCUUUAAACUGCCACUUACUUUGAAUUAAAAACGGUUGUAAUUUCAUGUAAUCGCACACCCACCGAUAUUGCAACCUUCGUUAGCAAGCGGUCUCCGCUCGUGAAUUAAAAUCCUAAAGUCAUUCAUGGCACGAGGCUCAUGCCCCCAAACCAGCAAGCCUUGUGUUCCCUUCCUCUGUCGCACGCUUUUAGAUUUGUGGAGGGUGCCACAGAUUGGGGGUCAGAGCGCAUACAUUGGAGACAGAAGACCACAAGUCGAACCUCUAGCACAUCCAGUGAAAAAGGAUCAGAGGGCAGGUGGUGGGGAAACUCAAAAGGUCAGAGGAAAGCAAUGUGGUUGAAAUAAUAAUUCACAGCCUCACCUUUGUUACACGUCUUCAACAUGGCAUCCAGAAAUAAUAAUAAUAAUAAUAAUAAUAAUAAUAAUAAUAAUAAUAAUAUAUACCCCGCCCACCUGGCUGAGUUUCCCCAGCCACUCUGGGCGGCUCCCAAUUGAGCGUUAAAAACAAUACAGCAUUAAAUAUUAAAAACUUCCCUAAACAGGGCUGCCUUCAGAUGUCUUUUAAAGAUAAGAUAGCUGCUUAUUUCCUUCACAUCUGAAGGGAGGGCGUUCCACAGAGCAGGCGCCACUACCGAGAAGGCCCUCUGUCUGGUUCCCUGUAGUCUUGGCAUUUGGUGGAGGAUAGCCAUGGUUUAGACUAGCCAUUACGUUCAAAAAACGUAAAUGUUUGGUUUGUGCCUUAUAAGGCAAGCUCUAGUUUCAGGGUAUUUCAGUCCAUUCGAUUUCAUCCGUGAAAACCAAAAUCAAGCAGCAAGCCGUCGAUUCUGCUUUAUAGCCGUGCUUCCCACCCGCCCACCCUUGAUUUUAUUUUAUUUUAUUGUCUCCUUCCAGUACGCCACGACAGGCUGCUCCCUGACACUCCACCAUACAGAAAAACCGGAGCAUGAAGACAUUUGCGAAUACCGCCCUUACUCCUGCCCGUGCCCCGGCGCCUCGUGCAAGUGGCAGGGCUCGCUGGAAGCCGUCAUGUCGCACCUCAUGCACGCCCACAAGAGCAUCACCACCCUACAAGGGGAGGACAUCGUCUUCCUCGCCACGGACAUUAACUUGCCGGGGGCCGUGGACUGGGUGAUGAUGCAGUCCUGCUUUGGCCACCACUUCAUGCUGGUUCUGGAGAAGCAGGAGAAGUACGAGGGCCACCAGCAGUUCUUCGCCAUCGUCCUGCUCAUCGGCACCCGCAAACAGGCGGAGAACUUUGCGUACAGACUCGAACUGAACGGCAACCGGCGGAGGCUGACUUGGGAGGCGACCCCGCGCUCCAUCCACGACGGGGUGGCGGCGGCCAUUAUGAACUGCGACUGCCUUGUUUUCGACACUGCCAUAGCACACCUUUUUGCAGACAAUGGGAACCUCGGGAUCAAUGUGACUAUUUCUACGUGUUGUCCAUGAUAUUUCUAUGUAAUUAUUGAGACCAUGUUGUUGUCUUUCGUUUCACUGACUGUUUUUAUUUUUAUGGUGUUCCACUGUAGCCCUCUUCAGGUGUUCCCUCACACCCUAUUAACAAUCGCAUGAGGGGAGAACAGGGCCCCAGCCCCCUGGCACACACGUACCCCCGUCAUUGCAGCACCACCAUCCACAUGUUACAGAGAAGGACGUUUGUGCCAGGGAGGCAACUCCACAUGAGCAGGCUCCCCGAUGGUGUGGGACCUGUGUAAUUGUUAAUCGUGUGAGCGGGGGAUGCCGAAGGGGACUUUAGGGUUCUUUCUUAACCGGCUGUUUUCUAUCCUCAUUCUCUCCUUCACUGCCGCCGCCACCUGCCUGUACCACAGAGUUUUUUAAAGCACAGUUAAACAGGACAGUUAAGAUGAUUUGAUCCUGUUACUCUGAAAGGAAGGGAGGAGAUUUGUUUUUUUAAAGAAAUAGCAUUAUUUAAGGUUUUAAAAGGUGAAGGCGAAUCCCUUUUCUUGACAAGCAAAACCUUUUUUAAACAUAAUGGAAUCGGAAGAGAAGCAGCAAAAUUGACUUAAAGAGGGAGUUUGCACAUGCAGAAUGUGGGAGGUGGACUCCUUAGGUGUUCGAGUGCAGUGUACUCCUUCAGACGGCAAGAGGGGCACUUAAAAACAACAACAGCAACCCUUAUAACUUCCUGUUCUAGCACAGCAUCUCCCUGUUAUAGUAGUGUUCUCAACUGCCAGGAGUUUUUAAUGUCUGAGUGUGGGACCUUUUAGAAACGUUGUUUAUCACCUGCAACCUGAAAUUUUACUAGCUUAUUCUGCUGCAUUUGUGUGUGUAGCCGCACAAAUCUGCUUCUCUUAAUGAUCUCAGUGAUUGGCCUUCUAAAAGAACAAAAGAGAGAGAAAUUGGAGUACGGUAGUAUCACUUUUUAGCAAUGCAGGAAGUUGCUGAAGCCUUGGUGGUACACAACAUGUCUCAGGCAUGUUCUUUUGCACACAGCAGUUUCACACACUUAACAGGCGGUACCACUGUCAUCUGGUUGGUCUUGCUGUUGCUGUUUUGUCCUUUUUCUUCCCAACAGAGUUUGUUCCCUCCACCCUCCAAAAAAGAAAAAAGAAAGAGUUUCCAUACACCUGCAAAAUGUUUGACCCUCUUCAUCCAUCCAGUUCAGCAAGAGCUGAAGAGGCUCAACAUUUUGUGGAAGCUGCUAACUUAACGUGGUGGCAAAAAACAAGAUGUGUUUUGAGCAGUUUUAAAAAUAGGUCCCACCUAUAAAUAUACCCAGGAUGUUUGGCGUACUUGACAUUAACAUUGUAAAAGCUAUUUUCAAAUAACACAGGGGAAAGCGAUGUGCCGAUUCGUCUUGUUUAUGUUCUUUGCUAUCUAAGUUUCCUGUUGUUGCCAUAUUUACUCUAGUUUUUUAAAUAAAUAUUUUGC